AUGUUUCUCUCCCCUGACCUGUCGCUUGCCUGCGGCGUCGUCGCCUUCCCAUGGAGGCCCUCAUCCCAACUAAUCCCACGGGUCCCCUUCCGCUGCACCCUCACAUGCAACGCAGCGGCGCCCAAAGUGCCCCUCCCCAUCGCCUCGCCAGCCUCCCUCGGGGACGACCCUAGCAAGUGGGACCCCGCCGAGUGCGACGCCCUCCUCCGCGGCGGGGAGCAGGUCGCCUCCGUGCUGCAGGAGAUGCUCACGCUGAUGGAGGACAUGGAGAUGGAUGGUGCAUUUGAGCCGGUUGCUGUGGAGCUGGUGGCACAGGGAGUUAUUGGGAAGAGGGUUGACGAGAUGGAGUCAGGCUUUCUUAUGGCACUUGAUUACAUGAUACAACUUGCACAGAAAGACGCAGAUGAUGAGCGUAAGUCUCUUCUUGAGGUAAUUAAGCAGACAGUGCUAGACCAUCUGACAAAGAAAUGUCCUCCACAUGUCCAGGUUGUUGGACUCCUUUGCCAGACUGAAAAGAAAGAGAGCAGGCAUGAAUUGUUGCGCCGUGUAGCUGCUGGUGGAGGUGUUUUUAAGAACGAUAAAGGUCUUAAGUGCCAAAUUCCUGGGGCAAAUCUUAGUGACAUUGCAAAUCAGGCAGAUGAUCUACUAGAGUCAAUGGAAUCUAGGGACACCAUUCCUGAUCGAAAACUUCUUGCAAGACUAGUUAUAGUAAGAGAAGAAGCUCGGAAUAUGAUGGGAGGUGGCCUGUUAGAUGAGAGAAAUGAUCGUGGUUUGACUACCCUCCCUGAGGCAGAGGUAAACUUUUUGAGCAAGCUCGUUGCUCUUAAACCUGGGAAGGCUUUGGAAAGGAUGAUAAAGGAUGUUAUGAAUGGCAGAGGGGAAGGUGCUGAUAACAUUGAACCAAGUGCUGCUUCGCAUUCUGAACAGCAGAGUCUAACUGGAGUAUUAGGAAGGGGAAGUGUAUCUGGCCACAAGCCACGGCCAGUCCGCCCUGGAAUGUUCCUUGAGACUGUUUCCAAGUUGGCAACAGGCAAAUAUUCACAACUUCCGGCGCUUUCGUUACGGCCACCACCUAGUGAUCUUCGACUGGACUCGCAAACGGUUCUAAACGGGACAAGGGUGGCUGCCGAGCACGAGCACGGUGGAGGCGUCAAGCGAGAUGCACUUCACGAUCUCUGUCCUCUCGUCGGUGAGGAGCAGCCGCGGCGGCCCCCGGUCGUCGGUGGUGAAGCAGCGCUGUACUCUGAUCGAUGCGUCGGAAGGGCUUGGGACUGGCCGGCUGGCCCGGAACCAACUGGGCUGGGCAAUGCAUCUGUGGCCUGUGAGCGACCCAGAAGCCCAGAUGAUGACGUCGACGUGGGGGGACGGAUUUUUGGACGGUCGAUCGAGAAGGCUCCGAUCUGCGCAAACGCAAUCCAGGAUAGCAUGGCGGAGGAGGCGAGAAGCGAUGAGAUCGAGGCGGCGGCGGCGCCGAGAAACCCAGUUACGUAUACGAGGAGGAAGAGGAGGAGAACGGGAGGAGCCAGCGGUAGUCCCGCCGCCGCGUCAGGCGGCGCUGGAAUGUGCGACGACGUCAUCCGCGGCAUCUUCGCCCGCGUCCCGGCGAGCACCGCCGUCGCGUCCAUGGCGGUCUCCAGGCACUACCAGGCCUUGAUCCGCUGCCCGGAGUUCAGGGCCCUCCACUGCCGCCUCGCCCCGCCGCUGCCAGACCCCCACGCCUGCCACGUGCGUCCUCUGGAACCCGGCCAUCGCCGACGAGGAGAAGGAGAAGGUGAGGGUCCCGGUUUCGGACGACGACGAUUGUGCCGUUUUGGGGUUGGGCUACGGCCGGAGGAGCAAAACCUACAAGCUUCUCCUGUCACGCCAACGGAAGGUGACGACGUCCUGGACGAGGAGGGAUCCAAAAGAGCUGCUGGUCUAUAUGCUCUCAGUGGCGUCGGCGGCGGCGGGGAGCAACCACGACUACGGACGCUGUUAUCUGAGGGGCUGGACGGAGAAAUCAGCGGCGAGUCCCUCUAUCUGGACGGCACGAUUUACCUCCUCCACGUCGACAAGGCAGUGAUCUUGGCUUUCGACGUCGACGACGAGACGGUCACCGCCAUCGAUUUGACAGGCGAGAGAGACGAACACGGCUGCAAAAUAAUGUCCACGACGCUCUUGUUGAUCUCCGGCCGUCCAUGUGUGGACACGCAGGAUAGCCAAGGCAGAGCGCUGUGGCUGCUCACGGUGGAGCACCAGUGGGAGCGGAAGUGCGUCAUCGGCGACAAGGCGUCUAGUGACAACAACCGCCUUGAUCCCUACUCAAUCACCGGCGUUUGGAACUGCGGCGGCGUGUUAUUCAUGUACUUGCGCAACAAAGAAUACGGCGACAAAGACGGCAAGCUCUGCAUGUACUGUACCACAACCAAGAAGACGAUCGAGGUAAACCUGCCGCGCAAACUGACGCCGCCGGAGGAGUGGGAGUACGCGAUGUGCUGGGGUUACAAGCCGACGCUCGUGAUUCCAGGGAGCAUUGUCGUCGGCGACGGCGAGGCCAUCAUCAGUCAAGAUGAAGAGGAGCGCCGAGCCCGGACCGCGGAUAUAAUGGCUGCCCUGUUACCGCUCAAUGAGCGAGACAGGAGGAAAGGGCACAAGGCAACGCUCCACACCGUGUUCUUGGUCCGCAUCAUGCAGAAGCUGCCAGAGAACAUGAACGAAGUAGCCGAAAUGCCACUGCUGAAACCAAAAGAUUCAGGGAAGGAACUUUACUAUUCAGAUUCAGAUCCCGAUUUGGAUUCAGAUUCAGAAUUUGAGGCUAGAUACAUGAGGUACUUCCGUAAAACCAGACGGAUGAUGAUUAUGUAUUGA